CACCAGCCAUGCCCUCAAAAUAGACUCCGCACAAAUGUCACAAAUGUUUUCCAAAUUAUUUUAAAAUCGCGUCAGUAGGUUAAAAACUCGUCUCCCUGUGCGGAGUGAAGGAGAGGUCGGGUGAUAGUGAGUAUCAGGGCUCGGUCUGUGCGCGCGGACUGUUUUCUGGAGCUCGGGAGUGAGUGUAAUAACUUCAGUUCCUCGCCGCGGUUUCCACACGGACGUGUUAGUCGGGCUCCGUGUGUGAGUGAGUGAGAUGGCGGUCAGACCGCAGAGCAGCACAAGGGCCGAGUAAAUACCAGCCUGACUGUCCGCCAGUCUUCAGGGAUCGCAGCGCCGCACGGACCGUUUCUGACCGCGCUGAGCUUGUGGAGGGAAGGACUGAGAGCGCAGAGAUGGACGGGGGCAAGCCGAGCCUGGCGAUGGUCUAUCAGGCCGUUCAGGCGCUCUACCACGACCCGGACCCAUCCGGCAAGGAGCGGGCCUCGGUGUGGCUCGGGGAGCUGCAGAGAUCGAUGCACGCGUGGGAGAUAUCAGACCAGCUCCUGCAGCUGAAGCAGGAUGUGGAGUCCUGUUACUUUGCAGCCCAGACUAUGAAGAUGAAAAUCCAGACGUCAUUCUAUGAGCUUCCACAGGAGACGCACCUCGCCCUGCGCGACUCGCUGCUCUCUCAUAUCCAGAACCUCAAAGACCUCUCGCCUAUCAUUGUCACACAGCUUGCUCUGGCAAUUGCUGAUCUUGCCCUUCAGAUGGCCUCAUGGAAGGGCUGUGUCCACACCCUCAUAGAAAAAUACAGUAACGAUGUGACCUCGAUGCCUUUCCUGAUUGAGAUCCUCACAGUUCUGCCAGAGGAGGUGCACAGCCGCUCUUUAAGAAUCGGUGCAAACCGGCGGACAGAAAUCAUAGAAGAUCUGGCUUACUACUCCACCACUGUGAUCACACUGCUUCUGUCAUGUGUGGAGAAGUCUGGGAGUGAUGAGAAGAUGCUUAUUAAAGUGUUCCGUUGCCUGGGCAGUUGGUUUAACCUGGGCGUGCUCGACAGCAACUUUAUGGCGAGUAACCAGUUGCUGAUGGUGCUCUUCCAAGUGCUGCAAAGGGAUGAGACCUCAACUAACCUACACGAGGCAGCAUCCGACUGUGUUUGUUCAGCACUCUAUGCCAUUGAGAACGUAGACACACACGUGGCUCUGGCUAUGCAGCUCUUCCAGGGAGUACUGACCCUAGAAACAGCCUACCACAUGGCUGUGGCUCGAGAAGAUCUCGACAAAGUAUUAAACUACUGCAGGAUCUUCACUGAGUUAUGUGAGACGUUUCUGGAAAUUACUGUGAGAAGCCCUGGGCAAGGCAUGGGAGACCUGCGCACCUUGGAGCUGCUGCUCAUUUGUGCAGGACACCCCCAAUAUGAGGUGGUGGAGAUCUCCUUUAACUUCUGGUACCGUCUCGGGGAGCACCUGUAUAAAACCAAUGAUCCAGCGCUGCAUGGUGUCUUCAGGCCCUAUAUCCAGAGGCUGCUGCACAGCCUGGCACGCCACUGCCAGCUGGACCCAGAUCAUGAAGGAAUUCCUGAAGACACUGAUGACUUUGGAGAGUUCAGGAUGAGGGUGUCUGAUCUUGUUAAGGAUGUUAUUUUCCUUGUGGGCUCCAUGGAAUGUUUCUCACAGCUUUACUCUACUCUUAAAGAUGGUAACCCACCCUGGGAAGUGACUGAAGCGGUGCUCUUUAUCAUGGCUGCGAUUGCAAAAAGUGUUGAUCCUAGUGAGAAUAACCCCACACUUACAGAGGUGCUAGAGCAGGUGGUGCUUCUGCCUCAGACGGUGCAUGUUGCUGUGCGCUACACCAGCAUCGAACUGGUGGGAGAGAUGAGCGAGGUGGUUGACCGGAAUCCACGCUUUCUGAAUCCUGUGCUGAGCUAUCUGAUGAAAGGGCUGCGGGAAAAGCCGCUGGCCUCUGUAGCGGCCAAGGCCAUCCACAACAUCUGCUCAGUGUGUAGAGACCACAUGGCACAUCAUUUCCAGGGGCUGCUGGAAAUCGCCCGCUCCCUCGAUUCCUUCGCUCUGUCCACUGAGGCUGCCAUUGGCCUGCUUAAAGGCACAGCUCUGGUGCUGGCUCGGCUUCCUCUGGAGAAGAUAGCGGAGUGUCUAAGUGAUUUGUGCUCCGUGCAGGUCUUGGCUCUGAAGAAGCUUCUGGGACAAGACUCCAGUAAUGGGAAAUCAGCAGACCCAACAGUAUGGCUAGACAGACUGGCGGUAAUCUUCAGACAUACAAAUCCUAUCGUAGAGAACGGGCAGACACAUCCCUGUCAGAAAGUCAUCCAAGAGAUCUGGCCUGUGUUGUCUGAGACACUGAACACACACCAGGCGGAUAAUCGAAUUGUGGAACGUUGCUGCCGAUGUUUGAGGUUUGCUGUGCGUUGUGUGGGCAAGGGCUCAGCCUCCCUACUGCAGCCCCUCGUCACACAGAUGGUGAAUGUAUAUCAGGUCUAUCCCCACUCCUGCUUUCUGUACCUGGGUAGUAUUCUGGUGGAUGAAUAUGGUAUGGAGGAGGGCUGUAGACAAGGGCUGCUGGACAUGCUGCAGGCACUCUGCAUGCCCACCUUCCAGCUUCUGGAGCAGCCAAAUGGCCUCCGAAAUCACCCUGACACUGUGGAUGACCUAUUCAGACUUGCUACUAGGUUUGUCCAGCGCAGUCCUGUCACAUUGCUCGGUAGCAACAUCAUUGUCCACAUCAUCCAGUGUGCCAUUGCUGCAACAACCCUAGAUCACAGGGAUGCUAAUUGCAGUGUCAUGAAGUUUGUCAGAGACCUCAUUCACACGGGGGUUUCAAAUGAUCAUGAGGACGACUUUGAGUUGCGCAAGCGUCUGAUUGGUCAAGCCAUGGAGCAACAUGGGCAGCAGUUGGUCACUCAGCUGAUACACACGUGUUGCUUCUGCCUGCCUUCGUACACACUGCCUGAUGUAGCUGAAGUGCUCUGGGAGAUCAUGGUCUUUGACCGGCCGACCUUUUGCCGCUGGCUAGAAGCUGCACUGAAAGGACUCCCCAAGGAGAUGUCGGGAGGGGCUGUAACUGUCACUCAUAAGCAGCUCACAGACUUCCAUAAGCAGGUCACAAGUGCAGAGGAGUGUAAGCAGGUAUGCUGGGCAGUCAGAGAGUUCACCAGGCUUUACCGAUAGCUGCAUUCACCCACUCGUGCUGCAACAACAGGUCAAAUCUUUUGUUUGAGAGGUGACUGAAAAAGGGGUCAAAUUGACUGCGUUCGAGAAACUAAAGGGAACUCCUAUAAUGAAGGACGGGAGGGGGAAAAGCCACUCGUGUUGGCUUCAGAGCGAUGGGGUCACAGGAAACGCCUUGAGGAAAGCAAAAGCCCAUUCCCUCCCUUUGCCCCCCUUUCUCAGCACGUCGUUGCGUCGGGGACGUGCUUGGAAGGUAGCGUUCUUGCAGAGGGAAGCGUGUGGGGAGGGAGAGAAUACAAGUUCGGAAUCUUCGGAAAGACCGCAAAACAAAAACUCAGAAAAAUAAAACAAGGAUGUGCCUGGUUGCAAAUCAAAAUGCACUGUAGAAAAAGACUUGUAUGUUUUUAAACAGAGAAAUGGAGAGAUUUAUUUUCAUGGACGAUUUAGGAAUCACAACACGUCGCUGCCGCCGUGCCAUCAGAACCGGAUAGCAGAGCGAGGGAUGACCGCAGACGACGGAACCCUGUGGAAACGGCAGGCGACGGCAGCGGCGACGGAAGGGGAAUGUCUGAAGAUUUAGUGUCACCAUUGACCUUUUUAACGUCGGCUGGAGUUUUACCUUUAUGAAAUGCCAGAUGAAGGUAAAUCUAAUGAGAUGGACUGGCAGUUGGAUUUAUAUCUAUAUUGUUUUUUUUUUUUUUUUUUUUUUUCUUUGUUCUUCCACAUUUUUGGCAUUGCCAGUCCUGGAGAGGGGCAGAUACCAUCUGGAAGCCUGUAGCCAUCUCAAGAACAAUAAAAGCAAAACUGGAGUGAGGAGCAAACACUGA